AUGAAAUUGAACGUAAUAGUGCAAGUAGCUUUGGUAAUCGCAGAGGGUCAGGCGAAUGCCCUCAAAUAUGCUUCCGGUUACCACGCAAAAAUAGGCAUACCUUUGGCCAAUCGGUUUAGAUUAGCUGAAGAAAAGGGUGAAAAUACUUUAAUUCAAAGGAUUGCCGGUGGAAAUGUAGUAGACAUUAGUCAAGUUCCUUAUCAUGUUGCAGUCCUCAUGAAACUUUUCUCUGUCUACUGGUCUUUCUGCGGCGGCACUUUGAUAUCUCCCACUCGCGUGCUCACUGCUGCCCAUUGCUAUGACCAAGACACCUUCCAAAUCGAGUUCAUUCAAACGGUUCAUGAGUCCAACUGGAUCUUCACCGGUGGAGAGCGACGGUUCACCACUGACAUUGAAAUUCAUCCAAAAUGGAAGGACAUGAGUCUUUGGGAUGGGGAAGCUGAUUUGGCUAUUGUUCGCAUUGAUGCUGUCAGUCUUUCAAAUGUUAUUCAGCCAGUAGCGCUGCCAUCAAACGAUUUUUCGAGUGAUAACGUUGGACAAGUUGUGAUAGCUACUGGAUAUGGUCUCCCUUAUGAAGAUGCUGAUCUAGACGGUCCAUAUCACUUAGCCGCUGUGACCAUGCCGAUCAUCGAAUCCAGUGAAUGCUUCAAAAAUAUGGGCUCUUUCAUGCCAACGGACCAAAUCUGCACUAGUAACGUUGGCGGUCGUGGUCUAUGUGUUGGCGACGAUGGUGGUCCUUUAAUUCAAAUCAUCCGCGGUGUUCAUACUUUGAUUGGUGUAGGAGCAUAUUUUUCGUUCCCAUGCGGUUCCGGACCUUCCAGUUUUACCAGAGUGGCGAACCACCUUCCCUGGAUUACUUCUAACUAAAGGCCGUUAGGGUCAUGUGGUCUACAGUGGCACACUUUGUCCGGUAGCCAUAGUCCGGAAAAUAUUCAUCGUAGGAGAUUCGUCUGAAGAAGAGUUUAUAGAAAAUUUUGUUAAUUGAAUGUUUUUGUUACUUCUAUUUUUCAGUAAAUGUUAAGUA